AUGGGUCAGCUUAUAUCGACAACUCCUGUCGAUCAAUCCGAAGUACGCUUUGACCUACAAGAUCUUCCACCCGAACUAGCCUUAACUAUUCUCUCCUACUUAAACCCAACAGAUCUUUAUUUGGCAUCAGGUGUUUGGUGGGAUUUAGCCUCGAAUGAAACUCUUUGGCGAGGAUUGUGCCGAAACUACUGGCCUUUCUGCUCUGCCUACGAGAAUUGGCACGAGAAGCCCGAUUUCUCUUUUCGAAUUCUUUUCUUGCGGUUGGAUGAGGCUCGAUUGACCUUUAAUAGCGAUGCUUUUGAGGGGAUGCGGUACCUUCAUGAAAAUAAGCUGCUCAAAGAUGACGUGCAGCAUAUUGCUCUCUAUUUCCACGUCACACCUGGACUUAAUCCAGAUCAGAAACGACGAUACCUCGAAGCAAAGCAAGAACCUUGGGAAAGUGAAGGUCAACUGAAAUGGGCUAAUGCUCAACUCCAUUUGGAGAUUCUGGAUGCGCUGAUGAGUCUGAAAAACUUCGGUGGCAAGUUUUUGCCCAACGCACUACGUGACCUCUGUGCAGAGUUGUUAAGUCCAAUGGAAAUUUCACAAAAUUUUAUUCCAUACCUUCUUGAACGCUUCUCUGUGCAAUUCGUUCACUGCAAUGGGAAUCUCGGCUUCCGUCCAGGCUAUGCUUCGAGAGGAGAAGACGUGGUCUAUGUGUUAUGUAUCUCGCUGCUAAUGCUCUCAAAGGAUUUUGCAAGUCCUCAGAUUAAGAAUAAGAUGUCCAAACGUGAGUUCAUUCGCAAUACCCGACAAGCAGUUCCUUCAGCAAGUAUUGAUUUGCUGGGUCAGCUCUACGACAACGUGUACGUGGAGGGGGACAUUGGCACUUGGGUCAUAGUGAAGAGUAAUCCCUCCGUAUCUCCUCCGAUACAGCGGAGAAUCACUGAUGUGCGGUCUACCCCGCGUCCCUAUCGCAUCAUUGCUUCUUGA